CAGCCUCGAAUCAAAUUAAUAACAAUGGCCGUCGUAGUUGGCUGUCAUUCGGUGGUAUACGCGGAUUAUGUGACAGUGAGAAACGCGUGGCGAGUGGCAAUCGCUGCCGAUCGGUUAGAGUGAUUAUUCCUCGAAUGAAAUCAACGUGACAUACACCACUGUAAAGGAUGAUUUUCUAGUGGGUGGUUGUAUCACGGUAUCAACUAGUAACCACGGAUGACCAGCUGACAAUGUUUUGCCAUUAGCAUAAUUUAGUGCUUAGCGGGCACUCGCGGUAAAUCCAGGAUGUUUAAAGCCGAGGAGUCGUCAAAAGACAGCUUCCUUCAACAAACGAAGGCCGCUAGAGAGGAAAGAGCUCAUGAGAAAGAUAGAGAAGCUGCUGUCACCUUAAUUCAAGCUUAUGUUAGAGGAUGGUUGACCCGUAAAAGAAUAUUAGAAGAAUUUGAUACAAAUUUUCUCAAUGAUGGCGGUACAGAAAUUAAUAUAGAACUGAAACCUGCUUUGCACAUGUACAAGAUUAUUUCUAAAUUUUUGUAUGUAUAUAAAAAAGAAAGGGAUCAAGAAAGAAUAGAAAAAUUAUGUAGAUAUUUAGUAUGGACUCUUGAUUCAGAGUCCCCAGAGACAUCGUAUGUGGGACUUGUACUGAACAAAGAUCACUACAAAUCAUGGAUAAUGCAAAUGAAAACAUUAUUACUUUAUUGUCUAACUGGUUUAGAGAAUCUUAAGCCGGAAAGAGUAUGCGAUCAUAUAUCCAUCCAUUUGAGGUUGCACAUGUUAGUUAGUUUUACAUCAUCAAGAACAUGGGCGAUUUUGAAAGUGGGGGGUAUGGAGAAACUAAGGGUUGGCAUGAAUCGGCUCUGUGCAAAUAUAAUGGGCCACCUAGUCAAUAAUGGGUUCUAUCCCAUUAUGCAGGCUUUUUUAUUGAAGGGAUUGGGUAGGGUGGAAAUUGCUUUGAAACCAAUCGCACUUUCAGCAGUAGUUACAUUGGCAUUGGGGCCCCUAAUUUCUUCUCAAAUGUCAGACAAAUUGGUAUCUCUAUUUUUAAUUAACAUUUUUAGUGUACCUGCUUUGGUCUAUCAUCUAAAUAGUAUAUCAUCUGUGUGUAGUUCAUCCUUUAUUACUUGCAAUUUGUUCGCGCGAAGUUUGGAGUUGUUAAAUUUGGAGCAAAAUUUGAGAAUAGUUUUUAACGCUUUAGAAGGUAGCUAUGCAUUGUGUUUACUAGCCAAUUUAAUACAAUUGGCCAAUAUUGAAAGAGAGGAAGUACUGAGAGAGCUAUAUUUUCCUUCUUUUACGUUUGUUGUAACAAAAAUGUUGGAGGCGUGUCAACAAUACGUAGUCGCAAAACAAAGUAAUUUAACACAUUGGCACCCUAUCUUGGGGUGGCUUGCCCUAAAGGUUGACACAACUUUGCAAGAACCUAUUCCAUAUGUAAAAACACAAUUAGCAUGUUUAUGGACGGGAAGAAUAGUUGCACAAUUAAUUGGUCAACCGUUAACAGAACUUAUAGAGAAAGAGAUACCUCCGUCGUUAGAGCAACAGGGCACAUCUGUUGGUACUAACAUUUUUCGAAGGGCGUUUCUGGAAGCACGUACAAAUAGAAAUAAUAAUACUAAAAAUUACAGGAAAUUGGGAAGCCCAGAAACUACUAGAAUAUCCUUAAUUUGUUCUCUUUAUCAAAUUGCUUUGCAUACACUUACACAGAUGAAGAUGGAGAUACUAACUGGUUUAUGCUAUCAAGAUAAAAUUUUAUACCACAUGUAUUUAUUCUUGGGAACAUUGGGUCCACAUUGUGGUUUGAAGGCAUUUUUAGACCAUUUAGCUGCAAAUACAAAAUGUACAGCACCUGAAUUUCAAAUGUUGAUAUUAUUUUCCGAUUGUAUGACGCACUACGUUACAAUUUUAGAUGAUAUGGAAAUGUACGAACAGCAAGAACCGUUCAAGCUUAGCGAUUUUGUAACGAUAUCGUAUUUUUUAAAUCAGUUUUUGUACAAGGCAGUUUUGAAUAACUUGUUUGACCUGAAAUCGGUUCCUAAUAAUCCUUUGUUCACCUCUCUUCACACACUUUUAAUGGCAAUCUAUCGACGGGAUUGUAGACGGAUGUUUUGUCCGGACGGACAUUGGUUGGCGAAGUUAAUUCGAGUGUCGGGUUUUCUUGCAGACUUGGAGAAGGGUAGACGCGGUGCGGCUCUUCUUCUUUCCAAAAUGCCACAUGUUAUCCCUCACUCGGAACGCGUGGUACUGUUUCGUAAGCACGUGGCUAACGAGAAAGCAGUACUGGGUUUGACCGAAAGUGCUUGCAAUAGUACACCGACAACGCUUAUCGUUGUUCAUAGGACACGCAUAGUAGAGGACGGAUAUCGUCAACUUGCCAUGUUACCUUCCCAAGCGCUUAAAGGUGUGAUCAGAGUUCGUUUCGUGAACGAGCAAGGUCUAGCCGAAGCUGGUAUCGAUCAAGAUGGAGUAUUUAAAGAAUUCUUAGAGGAGACAAUAAAGAAAGUUUUCGAUCCAUCUUUAAAUUUAUUUAAAGCUACUAGUGAAAAUCGACUUUAUCCAUCUCCCACAUCCUCUAUGCAAGAUAAUCACUUGCAGCUAUUUGAGUUUGUUGGUCGUAUGUUGGGUAAAGCGGUAUACGAAGGUAUCGUUGUAGAUGUACCUUUCGCAUCCUUCUUUGUUUCCCAAUUUUCUGGGCAAACCGGAGGAGCAUUGUACAGCUGGCUGGACGAAUUGGCGUCUUUAGAUCGGGACUUAUACCGAAGUCUCACUCUUGUAAAGCAUUAUAAGGGCGAUGUCAGACAGUUAGAAUUAACUUUCUCCCUUGACGAAGACGUUUUAGGUAAAUUAGUCACACACGAGUUGGUUCCUGGAGGACGAGCGGUGCCGGUCACCAACGAGAAUAAAAUUAAUUAUAUACACCUAAUGGCCCACUUCAGAAUGCAUAUGCAAAUAAAAGAUCAGACGACUGCUUUCAUUAGGGGGUUCCGUUCUAUCAUUAAUCUUGAGUGGUUGGCGUUGUUUUCAACCCCAGAAUUGCAAAGAUUAAUUUCGGGCGAUAACGUUCCGUUGGAUUUACGGGAUUUACGGAAACACACGCAAUAUUACGGUGGUUUCCACGACAGUCAUCGUGUUGUAUGCUGGUUGUGGGAUAUUUUGGAGAAAGAUUUUUCAGAAGAGGAAAGGGGCUUAUUCCUAAAGUUUGUUACAAGCUGCUCAAAAUCACCACUGUUGGGUUUUGCACACUUAGAGCCACCGUUCUCGAUUCGUUGCGUAGAGGUCGGCGACGACGAAGACACGGGCGAUACAAUCGGUAGUGUUAUAAGGGGGUUCUUUACGAUUCGUAAAAAGGAUCCGCAGAAUCGUUUGCCCACAUCGUCCACGUGUUUCAAUCUCCUUAAAUUACCAAAUUACCAAAAGAAAAGUACAUUGCGUGAGAAGCUGCGUUACGCUGUCACUAGUAACACAGGCUUCGAGCUUUCUUAAUUUAUAACCGAUUUAACGGUACGCCGGAAUGGUGUCGUCGCUCAAUAAUACCUAACGAAAAUUUAUACAAAGUGAUUCAGUGGUGUCCGGCAAAGGUGUUUUCAGUGAUACCGCAGACUUUGAACUGAACGAAUUGAUAAUUCGUAUAUAUUAUCUGUACAAAAAUUUAAAAAAAAGAACUGCUGCGAAUCAAGUCGAAGAUUCGCACAAGUUUUAUCAGAUAUUAUACGUACGAAGUGGCAAAGUUAUCGCUUUCGUUGCCUUCUCUAGAGAUUGUUGAUAUACUCACGAAUAAGUUUGGUUCAACUAAAUUUUAAUUUACGGUUAUCGCAAAAGACGAACCAACAUUUUGUACUUGUUGAUAUUUUGAUAAGAUUUCGUUUUUCCCAUGCACAAUUACGGGUGUACGUGUCCGUUAAUUCAAACCUAUUCGUCUCGCUCCGUUUUCAAUUUUGAUUUUAAUACACUCUCUCGCCAAAUGGAUAGAUUACUUAUGGUGUAAAGCACACUAUACCUCAUGAGCUUAAUAUUACUAAUACUUGCGCGCUUGUUAGUUCAUAGUACCAUGGGUUAAUGUUAGACAAUUAAAAACAACAGUAAACAGAAGAAGUGAACGUUAAAUGACCGUGCUCAUUGGUGCCCAGUGAACAAUCAAAAAAAAAAACAAGAUUCACAAAUUUCUAAAGAUGUUCGAAUUACUGGAAAGUCGAGGCUCCAUUUUAAGGAGAGCUAUUUUCUCAAAAUUUUGUACAAAUUUAUGAAAGGAUGUGUAAAAGAGAACUAUGAUCUGUGUGGAAAUAUAUGCGUAUAUAGUGUAUCAUUGGACGCUCGUAUGUUUAAGCCCCCCCUGUCGUGAAAACUUUAAUGUCAGUUUAUUCGGAUCGAACGAGUUGUGAUGAUUGUUCUCCUACAUGAGUGUUUCAAGCUGAAUUUCUUGUAAUUUUAUCGUGUCUGUGGUCUUUAUAUGAAUCCAGUGGAUACGAACGACAAAAGGGAGCACAAGGACUGUGUUAUCUGCAAUAGAGCGAGGAAUAACGAAUACUAGAGUGGAAUUUAUUUUUCACGCAGUCCACGCGUAAUUUCGGCAGACGGCUGGAGAAUAUUGUCGAAGGGAAUUCGGUCAGACCAAAGAUAGAAGCCUAUUUAAUCUGAGAAGAGAUGAUUUGAGAUGUAAACCUUUUCAUAUUUUCCUACACGAUCGUAUUGUAAGUUUUCAGGCCUGUAUUCACAGAUUGUAUCUAUAUCGAAUAAGAGUAAUAAACGGGCGUUUCUAGACGGAUAGAAAUAAAUUGUAAGAAAGAAAUAGGUUUAAUCGCGUACCAACUAGUUCGUUAACGUGCACAAUGUGAUUGUUAGAAAGAAAGAAAAAUUAUUUUUCAUUAUGUACAGAAAACAAAAGGUACGAACACAAUAAUUUUGGCCUUUGUUGCUUUCGAUCGGAAGUUUAUCGGAUUUACUACACUCGUAAUGUUAAUUGUGAAUACAUGCCUCGCAAAUAUGUGUACGAUUGAACGAGAAAAAAAAAAAAACAGAUAAUACUCUCCUUUAUGGGUAUACUUAUCACCGAAACGAUACAUGUAUAUGAUAAAUGUGGAUAUUGAUACAAACAUGGAUAUAUGCAAUAAAAUGUCAAAUAAAACUGUUACGGUUGUAAGAUAAGACCGACGAGUUUUCUUCCGAGACCUGUUUUUAUUAGCGUAUCCCACUAUUUUCAUUUGGUACAUAAAUUCAAUCGUACGUAAAUAUAACAAACGCAAUCGAUUUUUUCUUACAAUCGUACCAACGAUAAAAGCCACGUAUAUGGCUAAUUUGUAUUAUUCGUAGCAUUUUUUAUGAGUGUGUAUG